AUGCAGCAUCAAGCAGCUAGAGUCUUUCUGCAAAUGGAUAAAAUUGAAAAACCAGGUUGCUCAAGCCAAGAAUCUACAAAAGACUCUAAGGAUUUUCAAGAUUUUCUCAAAACCGAAUUGACAGUUAAAAAUAAUAACAAUCUUUUCGAUGAUAACUUCAAUUCAGAGGAAGAGGAUAAUUUUAAUUUUAAUGUGUUCUCAGCUGAUUUAGACAAAGAGGCACGCAAUUUUAUUGAACAACCAAUUCCCAGCAAUAUUUUCUAUCCUAAUAUCAGAGCUUUCCAAAGCGAAUUAUUCCAAAAACACAACUUACCUACUUUCAAGGCUAAGCUGAGAAGUUCUUUAGAAUGUACAAUGCAAGAAGAAGUUCGAUUAAAAGUUUUUGGAAUUCUAUCAACAUCGCCAUCAUCGCCAUCUGUGAAAAAUGAAGCACCACGAUGCGUUUCACCUGAUUUGUUUUCCUCGAGUUCUUCAAGUGAAGACGAACGGGAGCAGCAAGAACAAGUUUCAACUGUUCAAAAUGCUGAUGCUGUGGAGGCAGUUGCUCUAGAGGCCACCGUUUUGAGCAAAUUCAGAAACAAAGCUGAUUUGAUUGCUGAUGCAGAGAAAAUUAUGAUAAAGCUAUUGGAUGAUUUGUUGAAAAAUGGUACUGCUAAUAUUUCGGUAGUGAAUUGCGCUAAAUGGGAAAACAGUGAGGUUUCAAAUGGAAUGAUUUCUCAGAAAGAUCCUUCUGAGCUGAAAUAUCGUAAUGUAAAUCUAAAAAAUGCCAGAAGUAGACACCACUUUGCUAUGAUUAUGUAUGUUCUUUCUGAAGUGUAUCAUCUUCUUAUCACUGGUUUAACAUGCACGGAAAGAGAACUCUACUACAAAGACCCUGAACUUGUAGGCAAUCAAACUAUCAUCCAUUCUGCUAUCAAAGAUGUCUGUAGUAUUCUAAAUGCAUCACCAUGGGAGCUAGGAAUACGUCAGUCAUCCAAAGGCAUUAUUUGUGGAGCUAUAAAAAUUCACAUGUCUGAUAAUUCAAUAAUCGAUUGCUAUUUUAAUGAUCGAGCAACUUUAAUACCCAAUGACAUUCAAGCAAUAACAUUUCUCGAGACUUCGGCAAAAUUUGUUCUAAUUGUCGAGAAGGAUACAAUUUUCCAAAAAUGUUUACUUCAAAACAUUUUGUCAAAUUUGAAUACAGAUAUUAUUUUAAUAACUGGAAAAGGUUAUCCUGAUCUUGGAACUCGAUUGAUGGUCAAACGUAUUUGGGAUGAUUUUCAUUUGCCAAUUUAUGCCUUGGUCGAUGCAGAUCCUUAUGGCAUAGAAAUAAUGCUUGUAUAUCGUUAUGGAUCAAAGGCAAUGGCUUUUAGUGCCGAUCAAUUGGCUUGCCCACAGAUUCGUUGGAUUGGAAUCCAACCAUCUGAAAUUGAAACACUUGCAAUCCCAACAAUGGCUCAAACCAGAAAAGAUAAGAUAAAAAUAAAUGAGCUCCUACAACGAACCUACAUUAGUGCUGAGAUUCGCAACGAACUUGAAAUGCUACAAAGACUCGAACGCAAGGCUGAAAUCGAAGCUGUAGCUGGUUUUUCAGCCAAUUUUCUGGUUUAUGAUUAUAUACCGAAUAAGAUUGAAAGAAAUCUAGUUAUCUAG